GUGGCCCAGGCUGGAGUGCAGCGACACGAUCCUAAAAUCUCGCUGAGUUUAAGCGAUCCGCCCGCCUCGGCCUCCCAAGGCGAUGGGAUUGCAGGAAUGAGCCACAGCGCUCUGCCAAACCCUUCUUACAGGAUAACCUUAGAACUGCCCCUGCGCUACACGCCCACGCCCCACGUGCCCCAGCCUGGGUGGUCCCUCCAGGACGGCGCCUUGUGUGACGUCACAGCCCCAGCAUGCGUCGCAGCGCCGCAGGCCUUCCCCGCGUGGCGCCUCUACAUUGCUCCGAGAGGCACGAGGCAGCGGGGCGCACUCGGAGCGCGAUGGGCGACUGGAAGGUCUACAUCAGUGCAGUGUUGCGGGACCAGCGCAUCGACGACGUGGCCAUCGUGGGCCAUGCGGAUAACAGCUGCGUGUGGGCUUCGCGGCCCGGGGGCCUGCUGGCGGCCAUCUCGCCGCAGGAGGUGGGCGUGCUCACGGGGCCCGACCGUUGCACCUUCCUGCAGGCGGGCCUGAGCGUGGGCGGCCGCCGCUGCUGCGUCAUCCGCGACCACCUGCUGGCCGAGGGCGACGGCGUGCUGGACGCACGCACCAAGGGACUAGACCCGCGAGCCGUGUGCGUGGGCCACGCGCCGCGCGCGCUCCUGGUGCUCAUGGGCCGACGCGGGGUCCAUGGGGGCAUCCUCAACAAGACGGUGCACGAACUCAUACGCGGGCUGCGCAUGCAGGGCGCCUAGCUGGGCAGCCAGGCCGCCCACUGGUAGCGCGGGCCAAAUAAACUGUGACCUGGGCG